AUGGAAGACAGGAUCCAAUUUGAGAUCAAUGAAUCCCUCAAGUAUUACUUGAGCGACCCGACUUCUGUUCCGACCCCCGACGCCGACCCGGAACUACUGGAUUGCGAGACUGACCCGGAUAAUCUGUCAUCAACGUUAAUCGACCAUGUCUUGAAUACUAUCGUCGACGGGGUGGCCGAAAGCCCCGAGGGACUGGCAAGAUCGUCUUCCUUUGACUCCCUCCAAUUCCUUCUAAAAUACUCAUCCUUCCUUCCCACGCGAUCUCUCAGCAAGCUCCUCGACCUGGUCGUUUCUGGAUUGUCUGUCGAAGCGGACAUUAUCCACGGAGAUUUCGAGUCAGACGAACAAGAUGGCAUCCAACACCACAAGCAGCUUUUAGAGAUGUACGGCUUCCUACUCCAAUGGGCCCUAUCGGCCGUUGAAGUCAAAGCGGCCGAGAAACCUGCGGAGGCUGCGCCUGCUCGCAGGGGUACAGGAAAAUCGGCCAAAUCCAAGGGCAGUGCCAAGGAUGGAAACUGGGAUUGGACGACGCAGAUUCAAAUAUCCAUGGAAACGAUGUGCAAAGUCAUGAAAUUGAAACUCAGCAGGAUAUUCUUAACCACGUCAGACCGUGACACUUUCAUUAACUUGUUCACCCGCACAAUCUAUCUCAUACUGGAAAGCGAACAGCGAGUGAAGAGUAUGGCCAUUAGAAUGCAUGCCUUCAAAGUCCUUUGCAUUGCAGUGAAGCAUCAUGGACAUGCCUUUGGUGCCCAGACAUCUAUCGUGCAGAGCUUGACAUAUUUUGAGCACCUCUCGGAGCCUAUGGCCGAAUUUCUGCACAUUCUUGCGGAACAAUAUGAUUACCCGCAACUCUCCGAUGAAAUUUUGAAGGAGCUUGGAAAUAAGGAGUUCAACUCGAACGAUACCAGAGGACCCAAAUCAGUAUCCGCAUUUAUCGUCAAACUUUCCGAGCUUGCUCCACGUUUGAUCAUAAAGCAGAUGACUCUCCUGGCCAAACAACUAGACAGUGAGUCAUAUACUCUCCGCUGCGCCGUUGUCGAGGUUUGUGGCAACUUGAUCUCCGAUCUCAGUCGUCAAGAAGAGCGAAGCGACAACUAUAAGACACAGAUCAAUGCCUUUUUCGAUGUAUUGGAAGAGCGUUUUCUGGAUAUCAACCCUUAUUGUCGAUGUCGAGCUAUCCAGGUCUACAUGAAGAUUUGCGACCUAGAACAGAAAUUCCCCAAGAGACGACAAGCAGUUUCAGAACUGGCGGCCAGGAGCCUUGAAGACAAGAGCAGCAACGUCCGACGCAACGCCAUCAAACUGCUGGCUAAACUAGUUUCUACCCAUCCCUUCAGCAUCAUGCACGGUGGACAAUUGUCGCACAAAGAAUGGACAGCCAGGUUAGAGAAUGUUGAUGCCGAACUCAAUGCCCUGAGACCCCCCGAGACUCCUGGUUUUGAAGGGGCGGAAGCCUCCCAUGUCGACAGCGAAUUAUUGGAUGAUGCCACACAGAUGCCUGAGGAUUCUCCGCAAAAGCCAUCACUCAUGACCGAUGAAGAAAAGGCUGCAGCUGUGAAAAAGGCUGCGGAGCAGGCGGCAACAUCUGAGCUGCUCGCGCGUCUUCAGCUCACCAGAAAAUACUAUAACGAAGCACUCCGAUUCAUUGAGGUCCUCCACACAGCUGCCGGAACCGUCUCUCAGCUUCUGUCAUCACGAAAUAAGAGUGAGGUCAUUGAAGCAAUGGACUUUUUCGUCGUGCUUGAUGCGUACAAGGUCGAAACCUCCCGUAACGGAAUCCGGCGGAUGCUCCGGCUUAUUUGGACCAAAGGCAAUAGCGACGAAGGCAAAGGCGUUCAAACCCACCUGAUUGAUUGCUAUAAGGGACUUUUCUUCGAAGCGCCAGACUCCUUCAGCCCCAACGAUGCUGCAAAUUAUCUCGCUCGGAACAUGAUCAGUUUAACCUUUGGUUCAACACCUGCCGAACUUACAUGUCUCGAGCAACUGCUGAGUACCAUGAUGAAAGCGGGCCACAUUUCAGAAGCCGUGAUAGCCAAGUUAUGGCAAGUUUAUGGUGUACAGAAAAAGGAGAUCUCUAAGACUCAACGACGCGGGGCGAUCAUUGUUCUCGGGAUGCUUGCCCUGGCCGAUCCGGAAGUUGUGGUCAAGGAAAUCGAAGCGAUGCUAAGGAUUGGACUAGGGAACCUAGGACAGUCAGACCUCGUGCUCGCCAAGUACACCUGUAUCGCAUUAAGGCGCAUGGUUCCGGGUCGUCAGGCUAAAACCAAAGAAACCGGCAUUCCCAAACUCGCUAACGACCAUCCUGUUUUGGCUAAACUUGCAGCUAUGGUCGAAACUGUGUCGGACAGCCAGGAAUGGUACGGCGUUUCGGAACAGGCUAUUAGUGCCAUUUAUACAUUAUCCAAACAUCCCGAUGUCCUCUGCUCUGACAUUCUCAAACGAAAAACGAAGUUCGUGUUUAAGCCGCAAUCGCAACGCGACGCGUCCAAGACACCCGCGGACGACGACGAACAAGAACGCCCAGGGACAGCUUCUAGUGAAUCUCAGGACCCAAAGAAGAAACCAACGUCAAUUGCACUAUCCCAGUUGCUUUUCGUCGUGGGUCAUAUUGCCAUAAAGCAAAUUGUACACCUGGAGCUAUGUGAACUCGACUUCAAGCGCCGCAAAGCGGAACAGGAAAAGAACAAAGCCGUCACUGCCCCCCAGGACGACGGCGACGCAGAGGCUGAUGAAUUGGACCUCAUCGGUGGAACUACUGAGGAUGACUUCCAAGAUGCCAUGGCGCAUAUUCGAGAGCGAGAGCUGCUCUAUGGGGAGAAUUCGUUGCUGUCUAACUUUGGACCUUUGGUCGCCGAAAUAUGUGCCAACAGCAACACGUACUCCGACCGCAACCUGCAGGCAGCGGCAACUUUAUGCAUGGCCAAACUGAUGUGCGUGUCGGCAGAGUACUGCGAAAAGAAUCUGCCUCUUCUGAUCACCAUAAUGGAGCGCUCUGAGAACCCAAUCGUUCGCAGCAAUGCAGUGAUUGCGCUAGGUGACAUGGCGGUGUGCUUUAAUCAUCUAAUCGACGAGAACACGGACUUUUUGUAUCGUCGACUCAAUGACGAUGAUGCCUCCGUAAAGCGCACAUGUCUCAUGACACUGACGUUCUUGAUUUUGGCUGGCCAGGUCAAAGUCAAAGGUCAGCUGGGCGAGAUGGCCAAAUGCCUCGAGGAUGACGAUAAGCGAAUUGCUGACCUGGCACGAAUGUUCUUCACCGAACUGGCCACCAAGGACAAUGCGGUGUAUAACCAUUUCGUUGAUAUGUUCAGUCUGCUGAGCGCCGAACGCAAUCUGGAAGAGGCAUCGCUGCGACGUAUCGUCAAAUUCUUGAUUGGAUUCAUUGAGAAGGAGAAACAUGCCCGACAAUUGGCAGAUAAGCUCGCCGCUCGACUACCGCGAUGCGAAUCCGAACGACAGUGGAACGAUGUGGCCUAUGCACUAUCCCUUCUUCCCCAUAAAAAUGAAGAAAUAACGAAGACAGUAACUGCAGGAUUCAACAAGGUUGUCUCAGCCAAUGCUUAA